AUGCUUUCCAUAUUAUCCCGAGCCCCCAAAGGAGGUGCCAGGCAGUUUGCUUUAGGCAAUGGCCUGACCCCCGAGUCUAUGUCGGCGAUCGAGCAGGCCUCUGCACUUGAGCCUCUCCUUCAGGGAACCAGCGGCCGAGGUGAACAACACUCCUCAUCACGAUUCACCAACCCAGGGCUCUCUUUUACAACAUCGCGAGACAUCCAAAGGCCUGCCAGUAGCUAUAUGACCGGAAAGCUUCCAAGAAUUAAAGAACGCCUGGUUGCAAUGCUGCCGAGCCAAGCAGAUAUGGAUUACAUGUUUAGUAUAAGCUACGGAUGGUUUCUGAUCAAGCACCAUAUGCUGGUUUAUCUCCCAGAAGGAUCUGAGGGUGGUCCUGGUGAUAUGUUUGACAUAUCUUUGACCUCGAAAGGCCACCCUAUGGCCAUUGCGAAACUCCUCCUCUGUAUCGCCCUUUGCAUCCAGCAACUUCCACCUGAUAUCGACAUACAGAGGGUUCGAACAUUAUUUCCUCUGAAUGAAAGCAUGAGAAAUAUCACCGACUACAUUUUUUCAACCAUCACCUCUGACGAGGAGCUGGCUUCCAGCGUGGAAGGCAUCGAAUGUCUUGCGCUCCAGGCAAUAUGGCAGACUAAUGCUGGCAACCUCCAAAGAGCGUGGCUUACCUUUCGAAAGGCAAUUGACCUGGGGCACCUUAUUGGCUUGCACAGAGUCUCUCUUAAGCCACAGCAUGAAAUUUCGGACCAGAUGGAGUUGAGGAAGAAUCUAUGGUUCCAAAUUGCCAGAGGGGAGCGGUAUAUCUCGACCAUCAUCGGCGUUCCAUCUUCGAUAGGCUGCUCGUCAGUCUUUCCUUUCGAUGAGAAUAUUCCAGAACUCGCAAUAGAAAGUGCCUACCAUAGCCGCUUGUAUCACAUAUCCGGUUUGAUCCUUGCGCGCAACCAAGACAAAUCAACACAUUCCUUUUCCACAACUCAGAAGAUCGACGAAGAGCUCAAUCAAUUCUCAAAUGAGGUCCCUUCACAAUGGUGGGACAUCCCUACAGACCUAAGGGCGACCCGCACGCUGGAAGCAUCCACGAAAUUCGAUCGUAUUUGCUGCCACAUUUGGCACUUCCAGCUUCUGAUGCUCUUGCACCUGCCGUUCAUGCUGCGGGCCACGUCCGAUCGAAGAUACGCCUAUUCGCAGGUGUGCUGCCUGAAUGGAAGCCGAGGCCUCAUCAAAAGAUGGCUCGUGAUCUGUAAUAGCCAAGUAAGGCUUUUCUCCAAUCUCUUUGAAUUCCAGGCUUUCAUGGCUGCCACGACUCUUUUACUGGGGCUUUUCGUGCCCUAUUCCCCCGCCGACCAGAAUGCUGUUCACGAGCAAUAUGAAGACUUCCUUCUUGUUGAGAAGGUUAUACGGAGCUUUGAGCAGAAUCAGGGGAAUGGGACCCACGUCUCUAUUGGCAAACAAAGCAUCGCCGUGAUGCGAGCCCUUCAACGAGCUCUUCGAAAUGAAAGUAGCCUCUCCACUAAAUUACGCUUGGAAAUCCCAUUCUUUGGCACGAUCAGUAUUGCCCGUAGCGGUGCCAUACAGUCGCUGGAGGGGGAAGCGAUUAUUGGAGCCAAUUCUCGUCCUGUUGCAAGGCCAACGGAAGCAUCUUCUACCUUCUCGUCUACUCAGCCUGGACUGUUUUCCACGCCCAAUCCAACAUCCAAUUUUCUUCCACAAGCAGAUCAAUGGGCUGGAGAUGGAAAUAUGGAGUUCGCCGGACCGGGUGUGCAUAAUACUGUUCUUCAAUUCUCCGAUGGUCAUCUUCAGAUUCCCGAUCCAGCGAACACCAUUACGGAUCCUGUUGACCCCAGAUGGGAGUUUGAUGAGAGUGAAACGAUCGUUUUCAACAGUUUGAUUAAUACGGAUUUACUCGCGGAAAGGAAUCAUUUAGGGGCGUAG